AUGACCACAGAAUCAGUCGCUGCCGGUACCUCUGCUGGCGCAACAGUACAAACGCACGUUCUCGAGGAGAUUAAGCGGCCUUCCCCUUGGAGACAUCUUGUCGCUGGCGGUCUCGGUGGUAUGACCGGCGCUAUCAUAACCUCUCCAUUCGAUGUUGUCAAGACGAGGCUCCAGUCAGACAUCUAUCACAAGUCUAUCGCUGCCAAACACAGCCAAGCCAACGUCAAAGGCGUGAGGGGGACUCUCUACCACUUCGUAGAGACUGCUCAGCUCAUGAAAGACAUCUACGUCAAAGAAUCCCCGCGCGCUCUCUUCCGAGGUUUAGGUCCAACCCUUUUUGGCGUUAUACCAGCAAGGUCUAUCAACUUCUUCACUUAUGGUAAUCUCAAGCCCAUCAUUGCUGGCAAGUCUCGCGAAAAUUGGUCUACGCAUCUUAUAGCAGCUGCAUGUGCAGGGAUUGUAACAGCAACAGCUACUAACCCAAUCUGGGUAAUCAAAACACGUCUCCAGCUAUCGCCGCAGGUGUCAACAUCGUCUAAAAUUGCAAAGAUGUCUGCAUCAAGAGACAUCAUCACAGACAUAUUCAAAAACGAGGGUAUGAGAGGUCUGUAUAGGGGUCUCUCAGCGUCCUAUCUUGGCGUUACUGAGAGCACACUACAAUGGAUUCUCUAUGAAAAGCUCAAAGUUAUGACUAAAGACUCCAAUCUCCCUUACAUGUCCACCAUGGUCUCAGCAGGUCUGGCCAAGUCAACAGCAACCUUAAUCACGUAUCCACACGAAGUCAUACGAACUAGAAUGCGUCAGGCCGUUCCCGUCGGUGAGAAACCCCGCUACACAACUCUGACACGCACCCUUAAACUUGUUUGGGCCGAAGAGGGGAUUGGUGCUCUCUAUGGUGGCUUAUCAGCUCACCUCAUGCGCGUUGUACCAAAUGCCGCUGCCAUGUUCUUCAUUUACGAACUUGUAACUUAUAGAUUGUAG